GAUGCGCCUGCUAAGCGGGCCCGACAGGGCGAGGAGGAGGGCUUGGUGAAGCAGAGAGCCCCCUGCUAUCGCUGCAUCCACCCCAUCCCGCCACCAUCCACUUCAGUGCAGGGCUGCUCGGAUGCCGGGGUCAUCGGUGUGGUCCCGGGGAUCAUCGGAACAAUGCAGGCUGCAGAAACAAUCAAAAUUUUGACCGGCAUCGGUGAAAACUGA